AGGGACGCGGGGACAGCGGCCUCGGCACUCUCGGCGCGGAUCCUGGUGGAGAGCAUCGGCAGCGCCGCCGCCGCCGACGCGCUCGACAAUGGAGGAAGAGGACGCCACUGCCCUCCGCCCGUGAUCCGUCCCCGCCGCGAUCUCUGUCCCCACCGAGGACGAUGAUUCCUAUCACUGAAUUCCGCCAGUUCUCUGAGCAGCAGCCAGCCUUCCGGGUGCUGAAGCCAUGGUGGGAUGUCUUUACAGACUACCUUUCCGUUGCCAUGCUGAUGAUUGGCGUCUUUGGUUGCACACUGCAGGUUAUGCAGGAUAAGAUCAUAUGCCUUCCAAAAAGUGUGCAGCGUCCGCAGACCAAUUCUCACCUUCCCAAUGUGUCAAAUCUAGACUCUAAUACAACCCCUUUUCUUCCACCCAAGCCAUCCACACCUCCUGCUACUGUUGAAAUGAAGGGCCUCAAGACUGACUUGGACCUCCAGCAGUACAGCUUCAUAAACCAAAUGUGCUAUGAGCGUGCCCUGCAUUGGUACGCAAAAUACUUCCCUUACCUUGUCCUCAUCCACACUCUGGUGUUCAUGCUCUGCAGCAACUUCUGGUUCAAAUUCCCCGGGUCGAGCUCCAAAAUCGAACAUUUCAUCUCCAUCCUGGGGAAAUGCUUUGACUCUCCUUGGACGACGAGGGCUUUAUCGGAGGUCUCUGGAGAAGACUCGGAAGAGAAGGACAACAGGAAGAACAACAUCGGCAGGUCAAACACAGUCCAACCUAGCGCAGAGGGGACUUUGGUCCCGGCUCAAUCUCUGAGAUCCAUACCUGAGAAGUUCAUUGUGGAUAAAGGGACGCCGGGAGCUCUGGAUAAAAAGGAAGGAGAGCAGGCCAAAGCGUUGUUUGAGAAAGUGAAGAAGUUCCGGCUUCAUGUUGAGGAAGGGGACCUGCUCUACGCAAUGUACGUUCGUCAAACGGUGCUGAAGGUGAUUAAAUUUCUUAUCAUCAUUGCCUACAACAGUGCCCUUGUUUCAAAGGUUCAGUUCACUGUAGACUGCGAUGUUGACAUCCAGGACAUGACCGGUUAUAAGAACUUUUCUUGCAACCAUACGAUGGCGCAUCUGUUUUCUAAGCUUUCUUUCUGCUAUUUGUGCUUUGUAAGCAUCUAUGGAUUUACAUGCCUUUACACUUUGUAUUGGCUAUUUUACCGCUCGCUCAAAGAAUACUCUUUUGAGUAUGUCCGGCAAGAGACUGGCAUCGACGACAUCCCAGAUGUCCGCAAUGACUUUGCGUUUAUGCUACACAUGAUAGACCAAUAUGACCCACUUUAUUCCAAGAGGUUUGCUGUGUUCCUUUCCGAGGUCAGCGAAAACAAACUGAAGCAGCUUAAUCUGAACAACGAGUGGACUGCGGAGAAGCUGAGGCAAAGACUGCAGAUGAAUGCCCAUAACCGUUUGGAGCUACAGCUCUUUAUGCUGUCCGGACUUCCCGACACGGUUUUUGAAAUAACAGAGGUUCAAGCACUGAAAUUCGAAAUAAUUAACAAUGUCAUGAUACCAGCCACCAUUGUGCAGUUGGAUAAUCUCCAGGAGCUCUCAUUGUACCAAUGUUCAGCAAAGAUCCACAGUGCAGCCUUGGCAUUCCUGAAAGAAAAUCUGAAAGUCUUGAAUGUCAAAUUUGAUGACUUCCGAGAGCUGCCACCUUGGAUGUAUGGGCUCAGAAAUUUGGAGGAGUUGAACUUGAUUGGUUCUUUGUGCCAUGACAUUUCUAAAAAUAUAACUUUGGAGUCUUUUCGGGAGCUCAAGAACCUGAAAGUUCUGUACAUUAAAAGCAACCUGUCCAAAAUCCCACAGUCCGUGGUUGAUGUUUCGAGUCACCUUCUGAAAAUGUGCAUCCACAACGACGGCACUAAGCUGGUGAUGCUCAACAGUUUGAAGAAAAUGGCCAACUUGACCGAACUAGAGUUGGUGCACUGCGACUUGGAGCGCAUUCCCCACGCCGUGUUCAGUCUUGCCAGCCUCCAGGAAUUAGACCUGAAGGAAAACAACCUCAAAUCAAUAGAGGAAAUUGUUAGCUUUCAAUACCUUAGGAAACUCACCGUCCUCAAGCUGUGGCAUAACAGUAUAACCUACAUCCCUGAGCACAUAAAGAAGCUCUCCAGUCUGGAACGGCUUUCUUUCAGUCACAACAAGAUAGAGGUCCUUCCAUCCCACCUCUUCCUCUGCAACAAAAUUAGAUACUUAGACUUGUCCUACAAUGACAUCCGGUUCAUUCCCCCAGAAAUUGGGGUGCUGCAAAGUUUACAGUAUUUCUCGAUCACUUGCAACAAAGUGGAGAGUGUGCCAGACGAGCUCUACUUCUGCAAAAAGCUCAAGACGCUGAAUAUUGGGAAGAACAACUUGUCGGUUCUCUCACCUAAAAUUGGGAAUCUGGUAUUGCUGACCUACUUGGACAUCAAAGGAAAUCACCUGGAAUUUCUCCCCCAUGAACUCGGUGAAUGCAGAGCACUGAAAAGGAGCGGCCUGGUGGUCGAAGACGCCUUGUUUGAAACCUUGCCCUUAGAUGUCAGGGAGCAGAUGAAGGCAGAAUAAGCUCAACCCUCUUAGAUCUUUUUACAGCAGGGGUGGGGAAACCUUUGGCCCUCCAGAUGUUACAGGACUCCAACUCCCAUCAACCCCAGCCAGCAUGGGCAGAAAUCAUUAUGAAUGCACAACAAAAUCAUGUCUGGAAGGGCCUUAAAACCAUGUAGUCUGGGGUCUCCAACCCCACCUGAAUGUGCUUUACAAAAUGAUGCCCAGGCUACAACAGCCUUCUAGACACUUUGGACUCCAACUCCCAUCAUGCCCAAGCAGCAUGGCAAGUGGCCAGGAAUGAUGGAUUUUGUGGUUCAGCAGCAUCUGGAGGGCCACAGGUUUUUCAUCCCUGUUUUACAGAAACUCUUCUCUGUCAAAUGCCUUGUACAUCACGAGCUAGCCUGAAUAUGCCUUUAAAGUCUAUUUUUUAUUAUUUUAGUGGUCCCUUUGUAUGGACAUUUUUGGACUAGGUUGUAUAUGUAUAUAUAUAAUAUAUAUUUUAUAUAUAAAAAUUUUACUUGGUUUUCCUCACCCAACGGUGUUUGUAACUGUUCGAAUUUUUGUUUUGCCUUGAUACGAAUGGGUCUCUGUAGUUCUUAUUUUGUAUCAGUGAAAUCAAGUUGCUUGUCUGCCUU